AUGUCUCUAUGUGUGAAAUGCGGUGAAAAUCACAUAACAGAAGACUGUCAAAAGCCCAAAAAAAUAAAAGGCGAAAUGUGUUAAUUGUGGUGAAGCACACACUGCAAACUAAUUAUUGAAGCAAAGCCACUUAUACUAGAUCACCAGUUUGGAUUUCAUAUAUAACACUCGACUAUCGACCAAGUUCAUCGCGUAACGAACGUGAUCAGUAAGGCAUUAGGAGAAAAAAAUUAUUGCUGUGGAGUAUUCUUGGAUAUAGCCCAAGCCUUUGACAAAGUUUGGCACAAAGGCCUAUUGUUAAAACUACUCGAGCAGCUUCCGCACACAUGGUAUGCACUCCUCAAAUCAUAUCUGACUGAAAGACAUUUUUGCGUUGGAUACGAAGGAACGAUAACUAAUUGGAAGAGUAUAUCAGCUGGAGUACCUCAAGGUUACGUUUUCGGACCUAUUUUGUACCUACUCUAUACAGCUGAUAUUCCAACUAACGACAAUACAAUGAUAGCUAUGUUUGUCGACGACACGGCAAUACUAUCAACGAGGAAGUACCAAGAAGCUGCGACUGAGAUCUUACGAAUGACAAUCAACGCCGUAUACAACUUGGCGAAACGAUGA